ACGACCUUACAAUCACUACUAUUUACUUCCUGUUUUAGUUCGCCCUGGCAGACGAGGGAAAGUUCAAACAAACACCAGUCAUUUCUCACGGAACAGCGAUGUAAUGACCAAUACAAUGUACCAAACACCUUCUUUAUUAGAUGCAUGGAUCAAGGAAAACAACAAUCUGGUAAUCACGUGGAAGGACAGAGGAGAUGAUGCCUUAACCAGAGACCAAGACCAGAUACAUCUAAGGUCAUGUUCAGCUGAGUUCCACAAACUUUUAGGAAAAGUCCAAGGUAUUCCCCAUCUUGCAGAUCACACACUGUUGGAGCUGACGGUGGUAUAUAACACCUGUGUGUGUGUCACUGCUCAGUCUCUGUUCUCGGGAGCUGAGCUGCUGCUCAAACAAGCCACAGAAAGAGUUCUACAGAUGACGGUAGAUGAUCAUAAUGCUUCAGACACUCUCGUGUUGUGGAGAACAGUCCUCAGAUCAGAAGGAAGUAAAGCUUUGAAACCCUGUGUGCUUUACCUUCUGUGUCUGCAGUGGGCAAUAUGGUUGGCCACCUGCCAACUGAAAACUAUACAAGAGUUCAAGGAUGAACUGUUUCGUCUGGUUGAGACUCUCUCUACUGGAGUUGGCGAUGACAGAAGGAGAGAGGCAGCGUCCUCUGACUUUCCACUACUCCUGAUAGACCCGAGAUGUCUUUCUGAACAGCUGCAGAUCUGUACUGUCAUUGCACAAGGUGCAGAGAGGUUAAGUGAAGGGGGGAGUUUAGACGCCCUGUCUAAUCUGCAGACAGCUUCCUCCCUGUCUGCUCCCAGAACUCUCGUAGCGUACACACACCUCCUGUCAGGCUCCUGCCUUUCCCAUAUGAGCUGCCCUCAGAUGGCAUUACAGUGUUACAGGAAGGCACUGGAGACUGACUCACGGUGUGUCUGUGCCCUGUACCAGAGCAUGCUUAUCUAUAGACAGAUGGGCAACAUACAGGCUGAGAUUCAAGCUCUUCGUUUGCUGCACUCAACUUUGAUGUUGCCCUGCACCACAGAGCCUGCUCUGCCUGGUACUCGUCUCCUUUCCCCGUCCUUCCUGCUCCACAGCCAAUCACUGAGCAGCCUGCUGUGGGUUCCCUCUGCCCUCUCUGUCCUUCACAGUCUGGCCCAGAAGUGUGUGCUCCAUGGGAGGGUGUCAGAGGGAGUGGAAUAUUAUUUGGACCUGCUGGCUGCUCUCCACUCAGAAAACCAACAUGUUGUACAAAUUCAAAUCCCUCCCCUCCCCAGGAUGCCUGAGCUUUACCUGGAGGCGGGUGCUGCCUUGCUCAUGGCACAAAGACCCGCUGACUGCAUGGCACUGUGUGAGGAAGUCAUAAGCUCUGUGAAGGAGCUGCUGCCAGAGAAAGUUGUUUUGGAAGAGACAGAGGAGAAGAGUGAGGCUGAGACCAGAGGGUGUGCAGAGUGUGAUGACAAGGUAGAGAUGUUGCUCUGGGUGGCUGCUGCCUACCUGCUCCAGGGUCACUGCUACACUCACCUAAAGGACUGGAAACAAUCAGUCACUUACUACACAAGGUGUAUCAACCUGCUGGUGAGGGUCCGCUUUAAAAAGAGUGGUUUCCCACCACAGAUCCCAAGUGCAGAUAUGGUUAGCAAAAAGGGAACAGAUCUGUGUAUUCUCCAGAGGUUGAAGGGGCUUUCAUUAGCUGGAAGAGGUAUCAGCUUCACUCAGACAGACCAGCUGAGAGAGGCACUGAGAGACCUCCAGCUUAGCCUGCAAGCACUUCCAGAGUGUGUAGGUGCGGGGUUGUGGUGUGGUGAAGUGUUCUGGAGGCUUGGCAGAAGACUGGAGGCAGCAGCUUGUUGGGAAAAAACCUGGAGUGUAACUACACAGUCCUCUGAAGAGAGUCUUUCUGUUUACCUACAGGAACCCCAGACUGGCCCUUUGUUAGACUCUGCAGGACUGCGACGCAAAAUACAGGAACUUGGUACAUUGUCUGCCUAAAAAAAGACAAAAGGAAGAUGCCCUAUCACUUACUGGACAGGAUCAACUUUCUCUGGCUUGUGAACUGAAACCCACAGUCAUAAUAACCAUGCAUCAACAGGAACAUUGAAAUAAAGAACCUUUGAAAAGAA